AUGGUUUCUUUUACUGCUAUUGUGGGAGUCCUUCUCACGGGGGCGAACGCUCUAAGUCUUCAUCGUAGGUUGACUAUCAUAAUAUUUUGGGAGAAGAGAAAGCUGACGUACAUGAUCAUAAAGCAACUGUUGACAAUAUUCCCCGAUCCACUGCUAUCUCAAAGCCUUCAGCUGGCUGUGGAAAGGACCCAUUAUUGACGUCUGGGGUACAAACAAUGACGGUCGACAACAAAACCAGACAAUAUACCUUACGCAUUCCACUCGGAUACGAUAGCAACAAGCCAUAUAAGUUGAUCUUCGCUUUCCAUGGGUACACUUCAAGCAUGACUGAAGUCGCAACGGGUUUCUGGAGAACAAACAUCAGCGAAACUACCACAGAAAGAUGGGCGUACUUUGGUCUCCAAGACAAAGCUGAAGAAUCAGCUAUCUUUAUUGCCCCCCAAGGUCUCGUCAACGAUCCUCUAGGUGCAGGCUGGAAGAAUGUUGGUGGUGAAGAUAUCAAAUUCGUUGACCAGAUGAUCGCAACUGUCGGCGAUGGUCUUUGUGUCGACGAGUCCAAGCGUUUCUCUACGGGAUACUCAUAUGGAGGAGGAAUGACCUAUGCCUUAUCUUGCGCACGAGGAGACCAAUUCGCAGCUGUUGCUGCAUACUCAGGGGCGCUGUUGAGUGGCUGUGAGAACGGCACCACUCCAGUUCCUUAUUUGGGGAUACAUGGUAUUAGCGAUCCUGUCUUACCUAUUGAGACGGGAAAGGCACUUCGUGAUGAUUUUGUGAAGAAGAAUGGUUGCCGGAAUACGACUGCGCCAGAACCAGCACCUGGAAGUUUAACUCAUAUUAUAACUGAUUACGAGGGAUGUAAGAGUGGCUUUCCUGUGAGAUGGAUUGCAUUUGACGGAGGACAUGAGCAAAUACCUGUUGAUGGAGGACCAAAUGAUAGUACCAAGACUUGGACCCCAGCGGAGGUUUGGAGAUUUUUGAAUCAGUUCAGUUAA